AUGGAAUAUACCUUAGAGAAGGAUGAGAAGCUAGCAAGCAUUGCUAAGGGUAUCCCAAACAAUGCAAAAUACACAUCUAAGGAUAUCCAAAAUGAAAUUAUCCAAACACUGGCUGACAUGGUGCUUUUCGAGGUCAGGAAAAAAUAUGAAAGUGCUGAUUCUGCAGGGUUUUGCCUCAAAAGUGAUGGGACCAGGGAUAGGUGUAAUGUGGGAUAUUUGUCUGUGAUAAUACGAUUUGUCAGAAAUUCCAUGCCAGAGGAGCAUCUUAUUGGGUUGCUUGACUUGCAACAACUUGAUGCAGAGUACAUUACCUCUGAGAUACUGUUACACCUUUCUGAUGCUGACUACAGUGCUGACAGUAUACUUAGCCAAUGUUAUGAUGGGGCUUCUGUGAUGAGUGGGGUUAGAGGUGGUGUACAAGCUCUGCUCCAAAAGAGGCUUGACAGAUAUGUCCCAUACAUCCACUGCUACAACCACCAACUGCACUUAGUGGUUGUGCAUGCCAUGCAGAGUGAGCCGUGUGCAAAAAGAUUUUUUAGCCUAUCUAGUUCACUCUACAACUUUUUUCACCACCACUAUAUGCUCAAUAAACAUGAUGCACCUUGUCUAAAUUGGCGGCUUGAGAUCAGAUGGACAAGCCACUAUGAGGUGACAAGGUGCACUGUGGACAAUCAAGAACAAAUCCUUAGUAUCCUAUCUGAGAUGACAGAGGAUGAUGAUGCUGCAGUUGACCUGUGCACCGAGGCAUCAGGCCUGCUAUGCCAAAUUAAGAGGCAUCACUUCUUUGAGAUUGGAAAGUUCCUAGUGCGGGUGCUUGGUGUCUUGAAACCAGAAAAUGCUAUUCUACAGUCUCAGUCAGUUGAUCUGUGCAGUGCUUCUGAGGUUCUUAGUGCAGCACUGGACUCCUUAAAAAACAUCCGUGAGGAUGACUGUUGGGUAGUGUCAUCUCCUGCUGUGGAUGAGUCACAUCCAACAAAGAGAAGGAGAACAAUGAGCAAAUACCUGGGUCAAAGUAUUGUGCUCUCAACUUUGGGCCAUAGAGACUCUGGUGACCCUACCAUUUCCCCCCCAUCAGUCUCUGAAAAGAUCCCUGCUCAACAUCCUUGACAGGGCCAUUUCAGAAAUGGAAACUAGAUUUUCACACAAGAAUAUUGACCUGAUGAGAGCCAUAUCUAGUCUUACACCCAAAUCUAGCGCAUUUAUAGAUCCCACCCUGUUGCACCCUCUAGCUGUGAUGGCUGGCACUGUAGCAGAUGUUGUAAGUCUGAAAAAUGAAGUUCUUGUGGCAAAACAGAUGCUGCUCAAAAAAUGUUCAAAGGAAACAGACCUGCCCACUAUGUGUAAACUCCUGCAGGAGAACAAGGAAGCCUUUCCUGAGUUACAUAAAUUGUAUGUAAUAGCCCUGGUAAUUGGUGUGUCUUCAGCAUCGUGUGAGAGUUCCUUCUCCACUUUGUCCCGGGUCCUAACCCCCUAUCGUCGCACCAUGUUACAUAAAAGAAAGAGGAAUUUGGUGAUCUUGGCCCAUGAGAAGUCCAUAACAAAUAACUUGGAUAUGGAUGAAUUUGUAAGAAGUUUUUGCAAAGGGAAACAGGAGACUGUUGUUGUAGAGUGGAUUGAGGAGAAAGGAGAGUGGAG